UCCGGGUCUUGUCAGGAAAUAAGGGUACUGUACCUUUAAGAGUGCGCAACCCAGAGAGGGAAGUGAGAAGGAGUAACUUUUUCGUUUCCCCUUCUCUGAUUUAAUUUGGGUUUAGUGUUGCAGAUAAAAAAAAAGGGAUGUAACCUACCAUGACCAGGAUUAGUUUACGUUUGAAAAUAGACCCGUUUAAUGCAUGAUCUCUUCUUUUGUCUGUGUGUUUGCUUCAACUCUCAUAGGAGGUACAGGAUCUCAGUCUAGAUGGCAGCAGUGAUAGAAGAAGACAACGUGUACAGAGAGGCGGAGUUACAGGAGGCGCCCUCUGCUGACCAUCAGGAUGAAGUACAGCUUCCAGGACCAGAGGGCAACAUCCAGGGCCAGGUAGAGGAGUUUCUGGGACCCCAUCCAGAUUAUGAUGAGGAAGAGGAAGAAAGAAAGUAUUACAGGAGGAAGAGGCUGGCUGUGGUGAAGAAUGUUCUGGGGGCCAGCUGUGGAGGCAUGAUCGUCUACAGCGUUUACUUGGGUCUGCUGCAGAUGCAGCUGAUUCUGCACUAUGAUGAAACCUACAGAGAGGUGAAAUAUGGCAGUCUGAGCCUGCAGGAUAUCGACAGCAGGGUGCUGAUGGGCAUCAACGUCACUCCUGUCGUAGGCCUGCUGUACACACCUGUACUCAUCCGGUUUCUGGGCACCAAAUGGAUGAUGUUCCUUGCCUCAGGAAUCUACGCACUCUUCGUCUCGACCAAUUACUGGGAGCGGUACUACACCCUGGUACCAUCAGCUGUCGCCAUCGGUGUUGCUAUAGUCCCACUCUGGGCAUCUCUGGGAAACUACAUCACAAGGAUGGCCCAGCAGUACUAUGAGUAUGUAAACUAUAAGGAGGAGCAUGUGCAGGAGCAGAAGCGAGUGCCAAAGGGAGCUUGCCAUCGUUAUGUCAUCAUCUUCCAGUCAAUCUUCUACAUCUUCUUCCAUCUGAGUUUCGUGUUUGCAGAGUUCCCCAUGGUCUUCUUCCUCAACAGUUUUCUUAGUGACUACAACCACACUCUCUACAGCGUCAAACAAUGUGGUGCUGCUAGCAGCGGGGUGAUCAAUGGUUUUAAUAAGACCGUGCUGCACAUUUUGCCUCGCUCUUCAGCUCUCAUUAUAGUAGAGAGUGUUCUAAUGGGAGCUGCCUUCAUUGCCAUGAUCAUAUUCCUGGCUGUGUGUGGUGCUGCAUAUCGUCCCACAGAGGAGAUUGACCUGCGCAGCAUCGGCUGGGGCAACAUCUUCCAGCUGCCCUUCAAACACCUGCGUGACUACCGCCUGCGCCUGCUCUGCCCUUUCUUCGUCUACUCUGGCUUUGAGGUGCUCUUCGCCAUCAAAGGACUCAUACUGUCAUAUGGUGUGUGCACGGUGGGGAUUGAGAAGCUGUGGCAGCUGGUGAUGGUCUAUGGCCUGUCAUCCUCAGUGUGUUCGUCUUUGUCGUUAAUGCUCCUCCAGCCGCGUUUGCCUCGGCCCGUCAUGCUGCUGGGGGGAGCAGCUGUUCACCUGAUCCUGCUUGUGGCUCUCAUGUGCUGGUCCUCUACACCGAAAGAUCCUCAACAGCUGCCCGUGCUCCUAGUGCUGGCUGCCCUCUGGGGCCUGGGCACUGCUCUCAACAAGACUGGGCUGAGCACUCUGCUUGGUAUGCUGUAUGAGGAUAAGGAGCGCUUAGACUUUGUCUACACUGUUUAUCACUGGUGGCAGGCCAUCGCCAUCUUCAUUGUGUACCUCUGGUCUGCCCUGCCUAUGAGGGCCAAACUCGCCAUCCUAUUGGUUACUCUCCUGGUUGCAGGCUUCUGUUAUUUACAGAUGGAACGUCGCCUAGAAAAGAAAAUUCCCUUCAGGUUGCCACGGAUUCCUCGUCCACGACACAAGGUCAAAGGUUAUCGUUACCUUGAGGAGGAAAACUCUGACGAGUCUGAUUCAGAAAAGAGUGAAAUAGAGGAGGAAAUUGAAGAGGCCAAGCAGAAUGAAGAGGAAAAGAAUGGGGAUGUGGGAUCGCAGGGCUCUCAUUCCCCAGGCCCUGAGAGGAACAGGAUCCGUGGUCGCCGACGGAAACGUGAUGAUGCUGCCUAUGAGCAGGCAGGGGAGAGGGAGGAGUAUGCCCAAGCCAUCUGACAUAAUGCUGCGUUCUGUCUGAACACAUCCCUACAGAUCACAUAUGAAUGAAUGAAUGAAUGAAUGAGUGAAUGAAUGAAUAAAUGAAGUCGAAAGACUGUUCAGUUGCAGAUGAUGAAUGUAGUUUUGAGGAGAGACCAUGAAACUUGGUUUGCCUGGUACUUUUACAAAAGAAAGUGAAAAGUUCUCAAGUAAUUCAGUGAAAAGUGAAGUGAAAAAAGGAAAUAGCCGCAACCCAGUAAGACCAGGUGCUCUUUCAAUAUAGUAACGGUCAGUGUCAUAUGCUGGAGGUUUUUGCCUCCUGCUUUUCACUCAUUUCCUUUUUUCACUGAAUGCCUUUUCAAGUUUUUGCUUUUUUCUGCUUCUUUUCAAGCAGGUCUGUAAUUACUUCAUUUUACAGAGACAUUGUGAUUUUUUCCCCUCCUUGCUCUCAAAGCUUCUCUUGGGCACUGAGUUUUUGUUUGAUUCUAUACACAUCCAGCCAAAAGUUUGGACACAAUAGGUUGAAUACACUUUUACAUGGUGUUAUGGACAUUUUGAUAAAUGCUUAUGGUUAAAAUUUGCUUUUAAUACAUGUAAAUAGUGAAAAGUUAAAUCCCAUGUACAAAUGUAAUUUUAUUAUGAUUUUUUUUAAUUUAAAGUCAGACAACUCAGAAGAAGCAGCCAACAUGUGCUUGCCCUAUUUGGGAAAUUUAAGAAAAGCCUCCUGGGUAGAGCUCCUUCAUGAAGCUGGUUGAGAAGCUUCUAAGAGUGCGUAAAGUUUUAUCUGGAAUACGUUUAAGAAUUUAAAAUAUAAAACAGUUUAAGAGAACCUGGUCAGAAUAGUUCAUUUGUUUAAUCACUUUUCUUGUUCUUGUCCAUAUGUGUUAUUUCAUAAUGUUAAAAAAGCAUCAUUAUUAUUCUAAAAUAGUAGAAAAUAGUAAAAAUAAAGAAAACCUUUCCAUGAGCAGUUGUGUCCAAAUUUUUGAUUGGUAGUGUACUGUAUAUACAAUAUAUAUUUAAAUAAAAAUAGAUAUUUCUA